GCAGACGAGCGAUCCUCGCAGUCUCUCUCGGUUCGACGAGGAGCAACAAACGGCGAGAAUGGCUCCAGUCUACGAUUUUCGUCAUGUAGAGUUGGAUAAGGUCGGCCGUGGAAAACGAAUGGUGAAGGCCCCAGAGUCCAGCGACAUCUUCGGCAUUCGUUCCCCUGAACUGGGACCGUCAAGCUGCACACCGCGCAAGGUGAAGAACUACCAGCAGUCGUCAGUCUUCACCGGUAACGGAGAGACAACCCCGGCGAGGCGACGUCUCAGUUCCGACAACAGUCAGGAGAGACUCUUCGGAGGCACCAGUGGGGGAGGAACACCUCAAGAUACACCCAAGCGCAUCGUUGAUCGCAUGAAGUCCAACAUUUUCACAGGAGUGCAGGAUUACGAUGGCUACAGCAGCAACGGGUCCAACUCUCCUUCUCCUCCCAAUGGCCGGGUCCAGUGAAUCAUCGCCAGAUGGCGCAGCAUUUUAUGUACAUAUAGACGAGCGAGACAACCGUCAUUAUAUAGAGUACCAUAUUUUCCUAACGAGCAAAACGCGCACGGAAUCGUGUCUGCUACAGUCUUCUUAAAAGUGCAGUUCCUAUAAAUUAUACUCUGUCUCGUAUGCAAACCACUUGAAGAGAGACUCUCCUCAACUUUUGUAAGACACAUUUUUUGUACUUUCUCUUCUGCGUGGCAGUAUUGCAAUAAAGAAAUGUAAGAAAUGA